UUCAACGAAAUUAUUUAACGUUUCAAGUGACAACAGUGUUGUUAGAGUUAGCGCUCCAGUUAUAAAUUACAGUUCGUUGGUCCCAAAUGGUCCCGACAAUUGUUAGGUUGCGCAGUAUGCAGGUAAAUUCCGGGUUUCAAUUUUCAAAUGUAAGUGUCGUCAGUCGUUUGCUGUGGCUUAUGAAUACUCAUCAGUUACUUUGAAGUUUCAACUUUUUCCCAGUUGGUGGUUUGUGAAGUAUGCCACGAGGCAAAAAGAGACCAAAUGAAGAAACUGAAAAUGGUGAUUCCGCUAAGAAACAGCUUAAAAUUGAUUUUAAAAAACAAGAUGGCAAGUCAGAGGGAGAGGUAUCUUCUUCAAAUGAAUCUUAUGAAUUACCUGAUGUUGAUAAGUCAUGGAAUUUAAAAAUUUCAUCGUGGAAUGUAAAUGGCUUGAAAGCCUGGAUCCAGAAAGCAGAUUCUAUAAAGUAUGUCAGGAAAGAAGAACCUGACAUAUUUUGUUUGCAGGAAACAAAAUGUGAUGCUUCUAGUCUACCAAAGGAAGCAAGUUUUCCUGAUUAUUUUUGCUAUUGGUCAACUGGGGAUAUCAAAGGAUACAGUGGGGUGGGACUUCUUUCAAAAACCAAACCCAAAAAUGUUACUUAUGGAAUAGGAGUACCUGAACAUGAUAAAGAGGGACGAGUGAUUACGGCUGAGUACGAGAAGUUUUUUCUUGUUACAUCGUAUGUACCCAAUUCAGGGCAGGCAUUAAAAAGAUUGGAUUACCGCAAAACAUGGGAUGAAGCAUUUAGAAGUUAUCUUACUAAAUUGAAAGAGGAAAAACAUGUAGUUCUCUGUGGAGAUCUGAAUGUUGCUCACAAUGAGAUAGAUUUAACCAAUCCAAAAACAAAUACAAAAAAUGCUGGAUUUACGAAAGACGAGAGAGAUAAUUUCACAAAAUUAUUAGAUGAGGAUUUUGUUGAUACAUAUCGACAUUUUUAUCCAGAAAGAACAAAUCAGUAUAGUUUUUGGUCAUAUCGAGGAAAUGCUCGUGUCAAGAAUGUUGGUUGGCGAUUGGACUACUUUGUUGUAUCCAAAGACUUUCUACCAAAUGUAGCUCAUAGUUUCAUCCGUGAUGAUGUCAUGGGAAGCGACCAUGCACCUGUUGUUUUACUUUUGUCAACUUAGCAGAUUUUCAAAGUGCAAAUUGCUUAUGUGCAUUUAAUGGUCAUUAGUUUAUAUGGCAAAUUUUGUUUAUGGAACUCUUUGUAGAGCAGGCAAUGUUUUGUUCCUUUGUUCAAUGAUACCUUGUACUUGUACCUUGACUGACUUUGAUAUAUUGAAAUAAUUGGAGAGCUGGGUAUUGGAGUUGUUUGGAUAGAGCCAUGCAAGGAAGGAUUUAGUACUUUAAAAUGAGGCAUUUAUUGAAGUUUUAAACUAUGAGGUGCUUGUAAUAUUACACUAGAGUUGACUUUCAUAAUUGAGAACUGUGAUUCAGAA